AGCGCGGCUGCAAUUUAGCCUCGUUGCUUCAUCUUGCGAAGUUACAUCUAUCUGGUAUCCCCCCCCCCAAUUGAUCUAUAUCUAAACACAGAUCGCCACUUGUAUUCUUCGGAGUUAGUUUUGGUGAAAUAUCCACCAAUAAUCCCCAUUAUGGCGUCCACGCCAAUGGACCUCGACGUUCCCGAUAACUCAUCGCCUGCCAACGGUACACCAUUAACCUCCCUCAACAUCACUCGUACUCUAGGCGGCGGUCUACCUAGCACAUCAGCUAUCUCCGACGCCGUGCACAACUUUAGACCUACAAAGUUAUUUAGGCGCGACGAUAUUAAAGAUGGACGGCCUCAACCCUUUAUUCUCAGUCUCGAUUAUGACGACCCUGGAGAGCUUCUGAUGACAUCCGAGAGCGACGAGACCAUCCAGAUCUACAAGGUCCGAGAGGGUCGCCACGACAAGCAGCUCCUUAGCAAGAAAUACGGAGUCAAACACGCCAAAUUCACACAUAACAGCUCCAGUAUAAUAUACGCGAGUACAAAGCAAAAUGAUGCUAUCCGAUACCUAACGACUCACGACAAUGCAUUUAUACGUUAUUUCGAAGGCCACCAGGCUGCUGUUACAUGCUUGGCGAUGCAUCCCGGCAACGACGACUUCAUCUCCUGCAGCAAGGACAACACUAUACGGUUAUGGAAUGCCGGAACAAAGAAUGAGACCGGAAUUUUAUAUCUGAACACACCACAUCUCGCAGCUUUCGACCCGAGUGGACAAGUCUUCGCUGUAGGGUCGCCCAGCAGCGGCAUGGUCCUGCUCUAUGACCAUCGAAAAUUCGAUAAAGCACCAUUCGCAGAAUUCGACAUCGUGGAAGCAUGCGCUUCAGUUGACUCUAAUCAUACCAUGCAGGGCUGGACCACACUGGAGUUUGCCAACGACGGACGCUCUAUCUUGCUAGGCACGAAGGGAGGAGGUCAUUUCCUUUUAGACUCCUUUAAUGGCAGUCUGAAAGGAUACCUACGGAAAACUGAAGGCGGAAGUAAUAGGCUGGCGCCUGGCGAAGAAUACAUGCUUAAUGGGGGCGGCCCGAGUGGUGCUAGCGUGGAGAGUAGCGGCGACUGUUGCUUCACACAUGACGGAAGAUUCGUCGUCGGCGGUGGGAGGAAGGGAGUUAUGGUGUGGGAUACACUAGGUAAUGCGUCUGAUAAGAUCUUGGAUCCAGUUCACGUACUAGAAGAUGAGAGGCCCGCAGCAGUAGUUGCCAUCAACCCCCGGUUCAACUUCUUCGCGACGGCAGAUCAAGACCUAGUGUUCUGGUUACCGGAUCCGCAUGCCUAGGAGGCGGCUGGAGACUCAUCCGUCAACGUCGAUGUCGAUGCCUCCAUCUAUGAUUGCGAUCAUGUGAACUUGAAUGAAGACGAUUGUCGGCCAACAGCGGAUGGACAUAUGAUCCAUCAUGAAGUAGCAUAAGUAAUAAACGGAGAGUGAGGAUGCGGCUGGCUUAGGUACGGAAGAUACCCCCCAUUUUGCAUUGCGAAAGGCGUCUAAAAGGGCAUCGUCUUGGCAACUUCUUGUUAUAGAUGCUUGUAUGAAAUAUAAAAUUUUGACAUGUCUCACAA